AUGGCAGCAAUCGUCCCCGCCUUGGCCAAAAUUGGUUUUGUGAUCGGCGACAUCCUUAUCCAGCCAGCGCUUUCGGCCUCGCUCCUUGCUUUAAUAUCGUAUGGCCCUGCCGAUCUUGUUAGCCGAAUAUCCGAACUGGGGCUCCUACAAAACUCCAUUGGGCUCGGAGGUUUGAGGGCUGUUCUGAAGCUCCUCCUUUCUCUUGGGCUCAUUAGAGCGACUAGUCGUCUCUUUGACGUCCUCGCUCUGAACAACUGGCGGAUUUCGUCUAAGAAGGAUUGGGAAUGGAAUAAAGAGGUUGCGGUAAUUACUGGUGGAUGCAAUGGUAUCGGAAAGGCCAUUGUGAUUGGUCUUGUUGAAAAGGGAGUGAAGGUUGCCAUUCUCGACUACGCGGACCUACCUUCGGACCUGGCGGAGAUGGAUGCCGUGUCGUACUGGAAAUGCGACGUUACCUCCGAAUCUGCUAUUGCGGAAGCAGCUGACGGAAUAAGAGAGACCCUGGGCCACCCUUCAAUCCUCAUCAACAACGCCGGCGUCGCGGGCCCACACUCGAUUCUUGAGACUUCCCAGGAUGAUCUGAAAAGAAUAUUCGGCAUCAACGUUAUUUCGCACUGGUCAACAACUAAGCAGUUCUUGCCUGCCAUGAUCUCGAAAAACAAGGGACACGUUGUUACGGUUUCAAGCUUGAUGUCUUACGUGCCACUACCAAAGGUUGUGGAUUACGCCGCGACCAAGGCCGGAAUAAUGGCGUUCCAUCAAGGUCUAUCAUGCGAGAUUAAGCAUCUCUACAAGGCGCCUGCAAUCAUGACCACCAUCGUUCACCCGAUGUGGGUUGAAACCGGCAUGACAAAGCGACAAGCAGCCAAGUCUGAAGCUACAAGAAAGAAGAUGAUGCAACCGGACUUUGUUGCUCGCAAAGUUUUGGACCAACUAUUUAGUUGUCGCAGUGGACAAAUCUUCCUCCCUGAGAAUGCCACAUGGUUGACGGGGAUCAACGCCUUCCCGAAUUGGCUGCAGGUGUCGAUCAGGGACCUUGGUGGAAAGGCAGCUACUCAAUAG